AUGCACCAGGAUCUUGCCAAUCCCGUCAAUGAGUUGACUCAUUCUCAUCGGCCAACGAACUCCGAUCUACAUCUAAUCCCAGGGCCCGAUAUAGAACUAGAGCCACUUCCCAUAAGAGACAGCCAAUGCCAUGGAUUAUCUGAUGACAAUAUCCCAGGACCCCGGGAGUUUUCCCUGCCGCCGGUAGACCAAGGCAAAGAUGCCUGGCUAUGCCUAGUGGGCGGCUUUGUUCUAGAGGUGGUAGUCUGGGGCUUCGCUGUCUCAUUCGGUGUGCUCCAGGACUACUACACCCAGAAUGAGCCAUUCUCUCGUAAUAUCUCUGGCGUGUCCGUGAUAGGAUCAUGCUGCCUGGGUGUUCUAUAUCUCGCCUCCCCCAUCAGCCUUUUUAUUCUUCAACGCUGGCCACAUAUCUGUCGCAUGAGCAGUUUAGUCGGCCUGGCGAUUGCUGUCAUCGGCGUUUUAUCAUCCUCGUUUGCCACGAACGUGUGGCAACUCAUUAUCACCCAAGGCAUUAUAUACCCAGUCGGGGCAUGUAUGCUCUACUACCCGGUUCUGCUCUUUAUUGAUGAAUGGUUCAUCCGGAGGAAAGGACUUGCGUUUGGGAUAUGCUGGGCUGGGAGCGGCGUCGCAGGCACGGUAUUCCCAUUUCUCGUCCGCUGGAUGCUCUCCCGAUUUUCUUUCAAGGUCACUAUGUGGGCCUGGUCCGUGGGCAUUAUCCUUCUUGUGUGUCCCUUUUUGCCAUUCGUGAAGCCGCGGAUCCCAGUCAGCGCCACCCAGACCCCAAGGCCACAACAGCUGAGCUUUGGAUUUCUUCGAUCUCGGCCGUUUAUCAUUUUCCAAAUUGGGAGUCUGCUGCAAAGUCUAGGAUGUUUCGCUCCUUCACUUUAUUUGCCGACCUAUGCUCGGGUAGUUGCUCGGGAAAGCAGCUUCGGCACUACGGCCCCCUUGACGUCUUUGAAUGCUGGCACGGUAAUAGGGUUUGUAUUGGUUGGCUAUUUCAUCGACCACUGGCAUGCUGCGACUGUGAUCUUUGUUAGUACUGUCUGCACUGUUCUAAGUGUUUUUGUGAUAUGGGGUCUGUCUGUGUCUCUACCACCUCUUUGUGUUUUUGCCCUGCUAUAUGGCAUUUUUGCCGGCAGCGCCGGUGCCACUUGGCCUGGCAUUGCUAGGAUAGUUAGGAGUGUCGACGAGACAGCUCCGGUGGGAUUGGUCCUGGGAAUUCUUACAGCUGGUCGCGGAGUUGGCUCCAUAGUGUGUGGACCUAUCAGCGCAGCCUUGAUCAACGCAAACUGGCCUUGGACUGGGCAUUCUGGGGGCUUGGGAUAUGGGACGAGUUUUGGGGGUCUUAUUGUUUUCACUGGAGCCACUGCUUCUUUUGGGGUACUGGGGUUCGCAGCACGGAAAUGUGGAUUCCUUCAAUGA